AUGGCCCAGACAGACACAACUUUCCUAAAUGCGCUGCAGUCAGAGGAGCAGCAAAAACUCCUGGACGAAAUCGACAACUUACGACUGGCAGGAGUUAGCGAAUUCGUCUUCCUCCCCCAGAUCAUCGUCUGUGGCGACCAGUCCAGCGGCAAAAGCUCCGUACUCGAGGCCGUCUCCAGUGUCCCCUUCCCCCGUAGCGAUACUCUAUGUACUCGGUUUGCUACAGAAGUCGUGCUCCGUCAAGGCCCAAAUGUAACCGUUGAUGUCUCGAUCGUGCCCAACAAAGAUGCCUUGGAGCCAGACCGUAAGCGACUGCAGGCUUUCAAGGAGUCGCUGGGAGGACUGGAUGAGCUUCCCGAUGUGAUGGAGAAAGCCAAAUCGGAGAUGGGUCUUUUGAAUACCAGAAAGUCUUUCUCAAGGGAUAUCCUUCGCGUUGAAAUAUGUGGUCCAAAUCAGCCCAAACUCACCGUGGUUGACCUGCCGGGCUUAAUCCAUGCGGUUGAGGACCAAGACCCGGACUCAGCGGAAGAUGAAGAUGUCCAGCUCAUCACAGACCUGGUCCAUGGGUACAUGGUUAACCCACGGAGUGUGAUUCUGGCUGUCGUUUCGGCAAAGAACGACUACAAUAACCAAAUUAUUCUGAAGCGAGCCAGGAACAUUGACCCCAAGGGUUUGCGGACACUUGGUCUCAUCACCAAGCCAGAUGACCCCCCUGAAGGCUCAGAGAGCGAGAUGGCCUUUUUCGACCUCGCUCAAAACCACAAAAUCCGUUUCCGGCUCGGCUGGCACGUCUUGAAAAAUCGAGACUACAAGGAACGACACUGUUCGACGCAAGAGAGAGACGAAAUUGAACGAAAAUUCUUUUCGGAAAGGAUAUGGAAAAAGCUGCCCCGGGAGAUGGUUGGGGUUGACUCGUUACGUGGUCGGCUGAGCAAGAUCCUUUUGGACCAGAUCAAGAUGUACCUUCCAACUUUGACCGCGGAUAUCCAGACUAAUCUUCAGGAGUGUAAAGACAAACUGGACCGUCUGGGGAAGAGUCGUGACACGUCCCUAAAACAAUUCCAGUUUUUGCUUGAACUGAGCCAGUCUUUCCAGAAUCUCUGCAGGGCUGCCAUCGAUGGGAACUACAACUACCCCUUCUUUGGUAGUUCCGCUAUAGACGACGAGUACCGCAAAAGAAUUCGGACUGUGGUGCAAAAUCGCAAUCUUGAAUUCGCAGAAUCCAUGCGUGAAAGGGGCCAUCGCUGGGCCAUAGUUGAUGAUCCCGAGGAACCAGAGGACCCAGAUGAAGAAUUUGAUGACAAUUCAUGCCCUUAUAAUCCGCGAGUAAAGAGCCGGGCAAGUGCGAUCAGAUGGAUACGAAGCCUGCUCGCGCGAAGCAGAGGUCGUGAGCUGCCUGGUUCUUUCAAUCCUCUCUUAGUGGGAGAAUUGUUUAGUGAACAAUCCGUUCGUUGGGGAGAUAUUGCACGGGAUCAUAUCAAAGAGAUGUGGCUUGAAUCCAAAUUGUUUCUAGAAAAGGUCUGCUCUGCAAUUGCAGAUGAAGAAACGGCAACCGCUCUCUUUACAUAUUGGAUUGACCCCAUCACGGAUGAAAGAAUUGAAAAGGCCAACAAAGCUUUAGAUCGCCUGCUGGCUGACCGAGACAGACACCCCAUAACAUACAAUCAUUAUUAUACCGAAACCCUGCAGGAUCUUCGAGCGGAGCGUCAAAUCAAAGAGCUCCAACGGAGCAUUCAAGGGUUCUUGGGUGUCUCAUCAGAUACGACAUACGUGAAGAGCGGUAUCCGAAUUGACGAACUAGCCAAGUCACUUUCAAAACGCUCGAGUGAUAUGGAUGAGUUUGCGUGCUCUGAACUCCUGGACAGUAUGCAGGCGUAUUAUAAGGUUGCCUUGAAGACUUUUAUCGACAAUGUUGCCAUCCAAGUUGUUGAAGCUCUUUUGAUUGGGGAUCUCUGGUCAAUAUUCUCACCUUCUGAUGUUGGAAAAAUGUCACCGGAUGUCAUUUCGAGUAUCACAGCUGAAUCCACGGAGUCACAGGCGCUGCGGAAGCAACUAGAGCAACAGUUGGUGAUCUUGGAAAAGGGAAUAGUGAUCUGUCGCCGGUCAAAUAAAAAUAAAUCAUAUAUUAAACACCUAAUUAGUUACCUAUUCCCAACACAACCGGACCAGAAACUCGAAGAACUCGAAAAACUACCGUAG